CGCUGUCGUUGCAGCCCAUCCAAACGCUACUGGAAAGCAACAAAAAGGGGAAACAAACGGCUUCAAUCCGCGCUGAAGCUUUGCAGGAAGGAGCACUGGGGGUUGUUGUCCGAGGGGGGAGAUAAAUUGACGGUACGAGGCGCAGCAGCUUGGCCGAGGAAUGGGCUCGGAGUGAGGGGACGGGGGAGCCAUCCAGCGCUUCUCUACUGCUACACUUGUGCAUGAACCCGGGGACUUUCUCCCGCUUUAUUUUCGCCUCGUAUCCCAGCGGGAAGUUGUGUCCAAACCGCGUGGGGAGUAACUGAAGGUGAAGAGUCUGCGAAGACCUGUGUUGGGAUAAAAGCUGUAUUCAAAUCUAAAGAAAGGGCACUGGAGUGAAGGCAGCUGACAACCAAGAACGGAGGCAAGGCGGACUGCACAACGCAAGAGGCCUGGGGAAAUCAUUAACUCCACGCUCGCGCAGUAUGACUGCCUGGAUCCCACUCCUCCCUCUGCGUUCCUGAGACUGUCAUCCACCUCCAGCCCUGGCCUCAAGGCCAGCUGAUUUACCCGCGGAACCUCCAUCAUCUUUCAUAUUUUCCAGCAUCACCCUGAGCAACAACACACCGGGUGCACUCCUUUUGGAGAAACGCCCAAAACCAACCUUCCGAGGACCCCAGGGACCGGCCCCUAGGGACCGGCCCCUGUUAUGUUUUGUUGACCGACUCGUCCCAACCGGCGAAUGACAAGUGUGCAUCCGAGGGUGGGGCUUGCCUCAGUCUCUCAUGAUUGGCUGCUGGAUGGAAUUAAGGUGAAUGGAACACAUGCCCAAGGAGCAGGACUCUAACCCAUCAGAGGGAGAAGAGAAACAGUGGCUCAAUGGCCCAAAAAGGAAGAGGAAGAACAGCCAAUGUUCGGUGAAGAGCAUGACUGGGUACAUUCCCAGCUACCUCGAAAAGGAUGAGCCAUGUGUGGUGUGUGGCGACAAGGCCACAGGUUACCACUACCGCUGCAUUACCUGCGAGGGCUGCAAGGGUUUUUUUCGUAGGACCAUUCAAAAGAACCUCCACCCGAGCUACUCCUGUAAGUACGAUGGUUGCUGCAUCAUUGACAAGAUCACCCGCAACCAGUGCCAGCUGUGCCGCUUCAAGAAGUGCAUUGCUGUGGGCAUGGCCAUGGACUUGGUACUGGAUGACUCAAAGCGGGUGGCUAAACGGCGCCUGAUUGAGGAGAACAGGGAGCGGCGUAAGAAGGAGGAGAUGGUAAAAUCCCUCCAGACCCGUCCGGAGCCCACGGGGGCCGAGUGGGAGCUGAUCCGCUUGGUGACGGAGGCCCAUCGUCACACCAAUGCUCAGGGCGCACAGUGGAAGCAGAAGCGCAAAUUCCUGCCAGAGAAAAUCGGCCAGUCUCCAGUCGCUCCAACAUCAGACGGAGACAAGGUGGACCUGGAGGCCUUCAGCGAGUUCACCAAGAUCAUCACUCCCGCCAUCACCCGUGUUGUUGACUUUGCCAAAAAACUGCCCAUGUUCUCUGAGCUGCCUUGUGAAGACCAGAUCAUCCUGUUGAAGGGCUGCUGCAUGGAGAUCAUGUCCUUGCGCGCAGCCAUGCGCUACGACCCGGACAGCGAGACGCUGACGCUCAGUGGGGAGAUGGCUGUGAAGCGGGAGCAACUGAAGAACGGCGGGCUGGGCGUGGUGUCGGACGCCAUCUUUGAUUUGGGCAAGAGCCUGGCACAGUUCAACCUUGACGACACGGAAGUGGCGCUCUUGCAAGCCGUGCUUCUCAUGAGCUCAGAUCGCUCAGGCCUGACCUGUAUGGACAAGAUCGAGAAGUGCCAGGAGACGUACCUGCUGGCGUUCGAGCACUACAUCAACUACCGCAAGCACAACAUUCCCCACUUCUGGCCGAAGCUUCUGAUGAAGGUGACGGACCUGCGGAUGAUCGGGGCGUGCCACGCCAGUCGCUUCCUUCACAUGAAGGUGGAAUGUCCCAACGAACUCUUCCCCCCGCUCUUCUUAGAGGUCUUCGAGGACCAGGAGGUGUGAGACACACUUGCCGGCACGCAAAGGGAAGAGAAAGUUGAAGCGAAACAGAAGAUGGGUUAGUCCAUCGUGUUUGUGGGGGAAGAAUGGAGGGAGAAUCCUCUCUGCAGGAAUCUGCAUUUCUCUGACAUCACAUUCACAGUAUGUGGUUUUAAAACUGGAAACAACAGUAUCAGAAACAACACACCAGCAACAGGAGAGUGAAGCAAACAGAGGAUUUUGUUUUGUGAACACCCUCUUCUCCACCUCUUUCUCCUCCUUAUACCAACCCCUGUUUUAAAAUCUGUUUGGGGGCCCUUCUGUCUGAGCAUGAUGUCUUAUCUAGUAAGAGUUGUAGCCAUUUGCCAAGACACAAACACACACAGAGACACAGACACACACACACACUCACAGCCUGUUCCACCUCAGUUCUUCAGGGCAGCACUCUUUGCAGGGUCAGUUUCCCCUCCUUGGUUUUAUUGUAGCGGUCACAGAUUUACACUUGUCUUGAAGCCCAUGUUUCCAGCGCCAAAGCUGGCCAGCACCUCUCAGUAUUAUUUCUGAAUAAGUGUUAAGGCAUUGAUUCAGAAGGUAUGGACAGUAGUGUCAUAUUGUUGCUCACAGUCAUGCAGGCGCACGCAAUCAGCAGACACUGCACAUAAAAAUUUCAGCAGACGUAAACGUUUCCGUGGUGUAUAACGGCGGCAGUAAAGCAGAGCAGCCACGCCACUUAUCAAUUACUCAACUCAAUCUGAGCCAUGACAGCUGUUUUUGGAGCUUGUUCUUCUCAUAUCCCUGUGAAACCGGUGCUAUAUUUAUAUAAGGCUACUCCAGUUUUAUGAAAUUGUGUUCUCUACCUUUGAAAAACAUACAGACCAUGGCUUCAUAUCUACCUUCAUUUUUGUCAUUGGACCGGUUCCUGUGACAUACAACACACACACACACCUACGCACACACACACACGAGCAGACCUGCCUUGUCAUUGCCUAUGCUGCUUGUGCCAGCAGCCUACCAUCUUAUGAAUGACAAGUAAGCCCUUCUCUGUCUGAAGAGGUACAGCAUUGAAGGAUUGGAAGGAAGCGAAAAAGAAGGGGGAGGAGAAAGGGAGAUGCUCAGAGGGGAGGCGGGAGAAAAGGAAGGCGCAGGCACAGAGAGAGGAAUUACAACGUAAAAGCUGGACUGUAGAUUCUGAGCCAGAGGUCAGAAAUAAAUCUCCCACACCCAACCUCCGAGGAGGUUCUGAAUAGCAGCAAACACCAGCAAGACGGCAGGGCUCAUCACGUACACACACUGACUCUCUUUUUGUCUUUUUAACUCUCUCACACACACACGAAAACACACAUCACCUCAGAGUAACGUGAAUGCCUCAUUUUACUGUAUGCACUGCACGGCAGUGUUGAUAUACAGCCCUAACCUGCAGGGUUUGUACAGAGUCCUCUUUUCGUGGGCUCAACCCAGUGUGGCCCCUCCAGGCUUCCAUACACAUUUGCCUUCUGUUUUGUUUUGUUUUUUUCUAGUUUUUUGGUUAUUUUAUUCUAUUUUUUUUUUUUUUUACCAUGGGCGUCACUGAGAGCAGGCAAAUGCCAAGAAGGCUACCAUUUACCUCAAAGUGGACACACCCCUAGGCUGGGGCAGCAUUACUGCCCCUGUGGUGUCAGGCACUACCUCACCUCUGUGGACACAGGGCAGCUGCCCACAGCCUACACACAGACAUACACCAUUCGAGUUGGAGCAUGUGUAGAAUGACACACAGAUGUGCAUAGCUUUUUGCGUAGGUGCACACUCGUAGUCAUGGAAAGACAAAAACACUCGCAGAAUACACACAUACACACAGCGCUGUCACUUGGUUCAAAUGAAAUACCACUGAAGACAGGAGGGCCAGCCAUCCCCCUGGAAGGUUUUACUCCCUUCCAGGGAGUGGUACCCAUAACAUUCGGGUUAUCUCUUUUUUUAAUUUUUUAUUUUAUUUUAUCAAGUGGGACCAAGUGUCAUCUUUUCAAAUUUGGAUUUACCAGUUUCUCUAAAGACAGAAACCGACUCGCAGAAACAACGAAGGACAGCGUGGGAUGUGCAGCCCAUUAAAGCAAAAAGCAGCAAGAGGAACGAUUACACGGAGUUACCGAAAAGUCAAGGUGGCCACGCCCGUCAAAUCAGCAUGCAAAGAAAGGGCGAUUUCCAUCUGCGUGGUGAUGACGUACCAUGCUACACUUAUGAUAGCUGCCACUGGAGCUUGGUAAAUAUUUUCAUGGAAAAUUUCAGCUUUCUGUCAUGCAUGGGCAGUGUGUUUGACAUAAAAAAUGAUGGAGUGAAGCCUCCUCACAGGCAACUCAACCGCACUUCUAGCUUCCCAACGCUCACUACUAUAGCAGUAAUAUCUCAGCUCAAACAUCCAUGGCAGAUAUGAUAAGUUUACCCUCCAAAUGACCAUACAAGAGUGUUUGAUUUGAUUUCAAAAGCUCACUCUGUUCAAUCCAAUUCUGGGGCCAAGCCAAAUCUCACUGGGUUGAAAGAAAUCUAGUCUAUUUUCUAUCCAAUACCAAGCAGUAGUUUAUACUGGGCACAUGCACAGGAUGGGUUAUCCACACCCCCUCAGCUUGAGUGCAGUUGGGAGGGGAGAGGAACUGGAACGCCUCUAGAGAUCCAUCCCCACUCUUUUCUUUUCUACCCUCCUCUUGUCCAGUCCAUGACAUUGCCCUUUCUGGAGCCUAGCUCAAGUCUAAACCCCCCCCCCCCCCCCCCC